AGGCCAUUAGCUGUGAAUUAUGGUGCUGCGACCAUCACAGCCAAUUGUCUGGAUGAGAAGGAGGCUGUGCCUCACUUUGCGCUGUCGUGCGUUUGCCUCUGGCCAAGUGUCGGCCUCGUCAUCGAGCAGCUGCUGAUCAUCUUUGCAGUGUUGAUCUGAGCAGUUGUCGGUACCCUGACCUGAGACGAUGGUGGGGCUGAGGAACCGCUCCACGUGGGAUCCGCUGCUGCUGAAGUCGUCUUGUAUUAAAUCCUGCGCCGUCGGCUGCUCCUUGGCCAUCACGGCGCACCUCACCUAUGCCAAUGCAGACAAAGAGCCCGUUGAGGGUGUGUUUGUGUACCCUCUCGGCGAAAAGGAGGUUGUGGUUGGCUUUGAGGCGGCCAUUGCGGGGCGUCUGAUGGGAGUCCAGAUCCAGAACCGAGGCAAGCUGAAGGACUGCUGCCUGGACUGCUGCCCAGGUACUUCUGAAGGCCGGGAAUGGCACUGCUGCGGGAGCUCCAGCUUGGACAUGCAAUGCACAAACGGACAUCUGAUCCUGGAUGAAGACUUGGAAAGAAAUACUUUCAUCAUAGGCACAGGGGUCAUAGGACCGAUGGAUAUCGUGUCCAUUAUCGUGAGAACCUCAUUUGAACUGCCUACAUUGGAAAAUGGAGCAAUCCACAUCGUCUAUCCGACUUUACUGACCCCCAUCGUCACACACAUGACUGCAAGCAAGAGUGAAAAUGGGGGCAAAUCAGCAGAGACCGGAGCGACCAGCUGCUUUAGUGCCACCUCAGGAAAAGCGGAGCGCGUUCUUGACACGGAGCAGCAGUACUGCACACAUGCCUUGUUCAACAGUCCAGCAGCCAGUUUGGCUCCUUAUGAACUCAACUUCCAACUGCUUGUUCGAGGGGCUUGUCUGCUGGCAGGACUGGAGAGCCCCACCCAUGCCCUGAGAGCAGAUGCCGACCCCAGCGCCCAAAGUGCCUCCGCCACCUACAUCACCUUAGCCCAGGAACAUCCUUAUGACAGACGCAUAGAAAUCAUCCUGCACCUCAGCGAACCGCACAGCCCACUGGUCAUAAUAGAGAACGGAAGGCUCUCCUUCAGCCAGUAUGAACAGCACAUCCUUUCUCGACGUGACUUCAUUCGCUGCACCCGCAAAGAUCCUGAACCUGAGAGGAAGGUGGAGUUUAUGCGGAAGCGCUACCACAAGGACAUCCUGAACAACCCGGUGUUGAUGCUCAAUUUUUGUCCUGAUUUCUUGACUGAACCUCUGGAGCUGAACAAAGCCACCAGAGAAAUAUUGUUCCUCGUUGACUGGAAUGGCGGCAUAAGUGGCACCAACAUCCGUCGUGUCAAAGAAGCCGUGGUGGUCGCGUUGAAGAGUCUCCCUUCAGGCACCCUGCUCAACAUUGUUGGCUUCAGCACCCCCAUGAAACCUCUGUUCUCAGCCAGCAAACUCUGCACGGAUGUUACCCUGAUGCAGGCCUCUGAGUACAUCCAGAGGAUGAGAGCGAACAUGCGAGGCAUCAACCUACUGGGGGCGCUGUCUUGGGUGUACCAGCAACCGAUGCAGCGCAUGUACCCCCGACAGAUCUUCAUCAUCACUAACGGCUCCAAAAAUAAUGCAGCCAAAGUUUUGGAGCUGGUCCGUAGGAACACAUGUGCUGGCAGAUGCUUUGGCUUGGGCCUCGGCUCCCGAGCUUGCAGGCGACUCCUGCAGGGCGUUGCCAAACUGACAGGAGGUACUGCGGAGUUUUUGGAAGAUGAGGAAAGACUUCAGCCCAAGCUCAUCAAGUCUCUGAAAAAAGCCCUUGAGCCUGUGCUAACCGAUGUGCGGAUUGACUGGUACCUGCCUGAAAACAUGGAGGCCCUUCUUUCGCCCAAUGAAAUCCCUGCGCUCUACCCGGGCAAUUGCCUUAUUGGAUAUUGCACACUCUAUGACAUGACAACUUUUAAAGCCAAAAAGAAAGAGAGGGACAACAAGGGUAUACACAACACCUCCAUGGGUUCUGUUUUUUGCCCGUCAAAUGACGACAUCUCACCUCCGACUUCUGAGCUCAUGCCUGCGGUGACUUGUCCAGAAGGGAACGACCUGGAGGAGGCGUUGAGGGAAAUUUCCAGAGAAAUCUCCUCAGAGUUCUCCUGUGCCAAAGACGCGGACCCGGACACCUGUGCAGGUGGAGCGUUAGACUGGUCAAGCGACGUGAGGACGAGGAUCCAGGAGAGCUCCUACAUUCAGGAGCAGUACAUCCUGACCCGCUGCUCACUCAGUAGUGAGCGGAGUCUCCCCACACACGUACAGGCCUCUUCAAGUAGUGACACAACGAGCCGGGCCUGUCUGCCUGACCCUAUGCCGUCUGCUCUGCUACUGGACACGGGAUCCUUACCUCAAGGCCUUGAGAAGAUAACUGGUCCAGAACCGCGGUCAUCUUUGUCUCGCUGGGCUGACUCGGCAUGGCAGCAGAACCUCUCAGCUGACGCUGGUGACAACAGCAGGAAAAAUAAUGUACACUUGUCUUGUAGCGACGGCCCACAUUGGAGACAAAAAUCACUGGCCCGUUCCACCAUGGCAGCGAGAAGCUUCUCAUCGCCGCAGGGUGAGAUGGAGAUGCAUCGCCUUAGGAGAGCUCUGGAAAGGGUCUCCUUCGACCAAACUCUGGGAGGAAGGCUGGAUGAAAGUGACGGGGAGGCAAAGCCACCAGAGACACUGUCCCGCAGAAGUCUUAAUGAUUCCAGUGGACUCCUUUUUCCCGCCUCUCCUCUGGACUGGGACAACUUCACAGACCCCGACUACCUAUUCACUGCAGUUCCACUGGAAGAUCCUCAACCGGGCCAAUGCCGCUCCCUCAUUCACGGCCUUCUUUGCGGCAGACCUGUAAUGUGGGAGGCCACGGUGAACCUGGCCCACCUCUUGCUCCCUGAGGACCAGAGGGCAAGAGUGGGGGAAGGAUGCAGAAGUCAAGGAGGGGGAAGAGAGAGGGAAUCUUGGGACGAGAUCAUACACCAGCUGACGGCUCGUUCUGUCAUAAGAGACUUUGAGAAAAUGUCCGAAAGGGAGGACCAAAAAGGACAUGGUUCAGCUAAGCGGUACCGUGUGAAGGCCAUCCAAACCAGUAAGCAUUGUAACAUCGUCUCCAUGUACACGGCCUUCACCAUAAUUGACAGCAACCCUAACAAAAGCGUACAGGAUGGUGUGGAGGUCCAAAAUACAGGGAUCCAUUUGGGAAAUAGUCACAGUUCCCAUUCAGGCAGUCGCAAGAAGAAAAGGUAUUCUGCAGGUGUGGGCAGAAGACCCAACAGCGGAGACUGUGAAGAAGGCGAGGACACGUGGAACUCGACAGACAGGGAUGACACUCCUACCUCACCGUGCAGCCUUACAUCUUGGGAGUCGAACGCCCUCAGUGCUGCUGCAUCCGUAACAACGGGCCCGUCGACCACUCGUUCUCAGCGAUCUAUAGAGAGCAAGUCAAUGGAGAGCUUCUUUGGCACCAGGUUUCCCCUUGGCAGACUCAGGUCCUCGAUUUCAUCAGGACGACAGGUGCCACUGAAGUCCCACUGCUUGUCUGCAGAGACUGACAAACAAUCUGAGAAUGAAGCUCCAGACUACCUGCCCCUGGUUCGCCUACAACUGGCCUCUGGAGCUUUUCUGCUCACUGAGAUAUACGCCGACUGUGUCCAGAUUUCCUUGGACCGCCUGAAAAGGGCUUCCCCCUACAGUCUGCAUCGUCGCAGCCUUAGCCCGCCUUUCCGCUGCGCGUCUCCCGGUGCUCCAUCUUUAUCCGCCUCCGCCAAACCUCACGGUCAUCACCAUGUCACCUUUUCCCCCUCGUCCUGCACCUUCGCUAAAACAGCCGCGCCGCCCUUCCACCACACGCCGGACGACACCCACUUGAUGCUGGAACCCAGGCUUCGCCGACGACACCUGUCAGACCGAGACCCCAUCACCUUAUCACAAGAUCUCCCCAGUUCUGAGGAAGGCUCCCUGGAGCUACCGGGGGGCAACUCUUCAGGCCAGAGUCACGGACAGGCAGACAGCGGUCGCGGGUCAGAGACAGACGUAUGUGAGGGGUCUUCACAGGAGCCCCCCUACCUCCACGUGAGUAGCCAGUUGGCUCAAGACAACCUGGAGGGCUCAAGCUGGGCGACCGCAGUGGCUCUGGCCUGGCUCGAGCACCGCUGCGCCGGAUAUUUCAUGGAGUGGGAGCUGGUGGCGGCAAAAGCGGACUUUUGGCUGCGCGGCCAGGAGCUGCCCGAGGGAGUGGACCUGGCUGGGUUGAAGGGAGCCGCCAGACAGCUGUUCCUGCUGCUGCGUCACUGGGAUGAGAACAUCAAAUUCAACAUGCUGUGUUAUAACCCCAAUAAUAUGUGA